UGCAAGUAGAAACUAAGGAAAAUGUUCGUGGGCAGUAAAUGGAUACGUAUGAUAACGACACAAACUUUAGUAGCCUUGCUGCUAUUGCAAGUGCUAAUUGGUUGUACAGAGGCAGCCACGAAAUGCCACAAAUGCACAGGAAUUAAUUGUCAGCGCACCAGCUACACAGCCACUGAGGAUUGUGUGGAUGCACUUGACAGCUGUACGACUAUUUUUCAAGGAUCUACUGUUUUGGCACAAGGCUGUUUGGGCCAAUUAGCGGUGGAGUUACGCAAUAAAUGCGAAACGCCAACCAAUACAAAUGAAGACAACGAAGUCGCUAUGGAAGGUGAGAAAUUGCAAACGGCGAAUGCAGCUUGUUAUCAGUGCCGUGAAGAUUUGUGUAAUGAAGUGAGUGGUGAGGCGUUCGAGUGUAUACAAUGUGACUCAAAUGCGGAUGGCGAGUGUGCAAGCGGCACUGGAAAUCUGCAACCUGCAAAAUGUCCUAUCGGGAGAUCUAUGAAUUCUUAUUGCUAUACGAAGGUGGAGGGAAAGCGUGCGAUACGUGGUUGUGCAACAAAUUUAGUAGAACAAAAAGAAUGUUUGAAUAGUAACGAUUGUGUGCUGUGCUCACCAUUGGACAUUAGUGGCUGCAAUCGGGAUCCCAAAAUUUCAACAGAUGGCACCGGCUCAGGUUCUGAGAGCGGUGGUUCAGAUAAUGGAACUGGUACUGGCGACGGAGGUUCAAGUUCUGGAGGCGGAGGCGGAAAUGGGGGCGGGUCAGGUACUGGCGAUGGUGGUUCAAGUUCAGGAGGUGGAGGGGGAAACGGUAGUGGAUCAGGUACUGGCGAUGAUGGUUCAAAUUCAGGAGGUGGAAGCGGAAAUAAUAGUGGAACAAAUAAUGGCACGGGUUCUGGUACUGGUGAUGGUGGUUCAAGUUCAGGAGGUGGAGGCGGAAAUAAUAGUGGAUCAAAUAAUGGCACGGGUUCUGGUACUGGUGAUGGUGGUUCAAGUUCAGGAGGUGGAGGCGGAAAUAAUAGUGGAUCAAAUAAUGGCACGGGUUCUGGUACUGGUGACGGUGGUUCAAAUUCGGGUAAUGGAGGCUCCGGUACUGGAAGUGGUGGCUCAGAUAAUGGCACCGGUUCUGGUAACGAUACAACCGACUCGGGAAAUAAUAAUACCAGCGGAGCUACGCUCAUCUCAAAUUACAAACUAUUGACAACUGUUAUUUUUAUUUUAUUAGCUUUAUUUAAAUUUUAAGAUAAUCUGUAAUGAGAUAAGUUAUUCUACAGAUAAAAUGUUUCAAAAUAAAUAAUUGAAUGAAAAAUUAAA